AUGGGUGCUCAACUUACAAAAGAGCAAGCACAGUUGCCGUUCGGUUAUGUAUCAAAGAAAUCGGGGCGAAGUCGUCGCAUUGGAGCAUUAAAAACAUCAUCAGUACAACCAAAUGCUCAUCUAUCACCUGACUCACCUACUGCUUCGAUGUAUACGACUGCUACCGAUGUGAUAACACCCGAAAUUGUAACCGUAGAUAAUAAAUCUUUAGAAGAUCAACCACAAACUCGUCGUCAUUCACGACAAGAUGAAUAUGAAAUAUCAAGUGAAAUAACUCAUCGACGUUCUUGUUGUUAUUCCAAUAGUGGCGAUGAAGAAGAUGAUGAUGAUAUAAUACUUGAAGAACGUCAUCCUCGUCGUCGUCAUCAUCAGCAAUACGAGAAUCUAAGCAAAAUACAUUUCAGUGAUUUACCAAGUCUGACUAAGAUUGGAUUUUGUUGUAAUGAAUUGACUUCGAUACCAGCGGAAAUAGGAUACAUGAAGAAUCUUGAGCAACUUGAUAUAUGUAAAAAUCGGUUAACUAGUAUUCCGGAUACAAUUGGAUUUUUGCACAAGUUACAGGAAUUAAAGUUAUCCGAGAAUCAAUUGACCUCCAUACCAGCCUCGAUCGAGUCACUCAAGAAACUUGGUACUCUCUAUCUCGAUUCCAACAGAAUUACUGAAUUGCCACCCGAAAUUGGACAAAUAAAAACACUCGUUAAUCUUGAUGUUAGCGAAAAUCCAAUCAGUGUUUUACCAGCGGAAAUCGGGCGUCUCCAAUAUCUUCGUAAACUAAGGAUUGAUCGUUGUCCCUUGCUUACGGAAUUUGUACAUGAGAUUGUUCAUUCACCACCCUCAUUAAUGGAACUUGCCGCGCGUACUAUAGUGCGUAAACAGAUCCCCAUACUACAGGAUACUACUCAAGAUAUUAAAGACUAUCUUGCUAGUGCGAAAAAGUGUAGUUUCUGCGGUGGUCCUUAUUUUGAAAGUUAUGUCAAAAGAGGGAAAAUAAUUGAGAAGAAUGAUCAUCAGAUUCCAUUGGAAUACCGUUUAUGCUGUCCGCAUUGGAAUACGGAACAAGAACGAGUUAGCCUAUUAUUUUGUCCUUUGCCUGACACUGCACCCGAUGCAGAACCAUACAAACAUCCACGUCAUCCCGGAAUUAACGAUGAUUCAUCGUCACUAUCCUCGAGCAGUGACGUAGGUGACAGCAGUGAUUCACAAAUUAGAAUCCAACGAAGCGCUUCAUCUCGAUCGCUUUUUGUCCCACUAAGCUCAAUAACAAAGUCACCAUCACUUCCAAAUUUACCAAAAUCAUCUUCGGCUGCUUCCAAAUCUUCUGACGAAGAAGAUAGUCGAUGA